AUGCAACAUGUUCAUCCACUGUCCAGUCAUUCGGCCGUUCAUGCGGCUCAACAACAACAACCAUCUACAGCAACCAUGUUGCUUCAGGGACCGGUACAUCCGUCCGCUUCUCAGUUAAAUAUGAAUGCUAGCCCCGCUUCUGGAAAUCAAACGCAACCUUCCACUCCACAAAGGCAUGUGGCAAAUACUUCAACUGGCGGCGGAAAAGGAACCACGGCUAAUGGGGCUACAGGCAACUGCGAUUUACCGAAGGUUGAUGAUCCUAUCCAUUCCACCCCUAGUCAGACACCAGUCAAACAGAACGAACAAGAUAUUCUCAAUCAUGACCCUCAAUCACACAAUAGCAGUAGCAAUUUGGAUGUCAGCUCUUCAUCUAUUAAGCGAGAUAAUAAUGGAACCGGGCACUUUGUGUAA